AUGGCCCGUCCCGCCGCGCCCGGCCCCGCGCCAUGGUGGAAUUAUUUUUUCCUUUAUGAUGGCUCAAAAGUGAAGGAGGAGGGGGAUCCUACGAGUGCUGGGAUCUGUUAUUUUUACCCUUCCCAGACCAUCCCAGAGCAGCAGGAGCUGCUGUGUGGGCAGAUGGCCGGGGUUGUUCGCUGCCUCACUGAGAUCUCUGGGGCUCCUCCCAGCCUUGUCCGCCUCAGGAAGCUCAAGUUUGCCGUGGUGGUGGAUGGAGACUUUCUGUGGGUUCUGGGCUGUGCUGUGGAGCUGCCUGACGUGAGCUGCCAGCGGCUCCUGGAGCAGCUCAUCGGCCUCUUCACCUUCUACCAGGGCCCUGUGCGUGGGGCAUACAUGGCGUUUUCCCAGGAGAAGCUGAGCAGGGAGUGGGACAGGUACAUUGAACACAUCCAAAAAAACACUAGUGACCUCCACAGGAUUUUCAAUUCUCUCUGGCACCUGGACAAAACCAAGGUGGAUCCCCUGCUUUUGCUGAAGGCAGCUCUCAUCCUGCAGACGUGCCAGCGCUCUCCCCAUGUCCUGGCAGGCUGCAUCCUCUACAAAGGCUUGAUUGUGAGCACCCAGCUGCCACCUCCACUCACUGCCAAAGUCCUCCUGCAGGGCAGCGAGUCCCAAGGCCAGAGUGACCCUGGAGCUGAGGAGCUUCAAGAGCCUGAGUCUCUGCUGCCGCCGGGUGUCCGGAUCAUCCCGGUGUUCCUCACAGGAGAGGAAGUCUCCGUGCUCCGGGACUUCCCAGUGGAAUGGAUGGCCAGGUCACCCAUGUCCCCAGCAGGCCCCGGAGGAGAGGAGAGUGCUCUCUGCUCCCAGUCAGUUCCAGAAUCAACAGGAGCUCUUGAAAACCAAGCCCUGGAUGGAAUCUCUGUGCAGGAGUCCCAUGAGGAUGCUUCAGGCACACCUGCCCCAGGAGAUGCUGUGCAGUUGGGCAGCCCUGCAAGUCCUCUGAUGGACUUCUCUGGAAUGGGAGCCGGCUCAAGGAAUUCUUCAGCUGCAAAACUGAGUGGAGCAGGCAGUGAAAGCUCAGAGCUCAGCAGGAAAACGUCCUUCCCCUCAGAGAGCGACACAGAGCAGCUCCCAAGCCCUUCCUCACUCCAGACUGAAUGUGCUUGGACUACAGGUCCAUACCUGGAAGGCUUUUCCUUUCCCAACCCUUACUCCUGGGAGCAGGAGAGCAAGGACACGGCGGAAUCCCCUGCAGAUUCUGAUGCUGGUCACUGUGCUUCCCAAAAUUCCCUUUCAGUCAGCCACAGUCCAGUUGUUCCCUCUCCUGCCAGGGAGCUGAGCAGAAGAAAAUCCAGUGAGCAGGACAAGCCAUGGAGUGUGAGCCAGGACCAUGUGUCUGGAGGAAGUGACAGCACAGCUGGUGACCAAAUGUGGGGCUUGGAUUGUCCAGGCCCUGCUGGACACGCACAGCUCCAGAGUGGAAGGCAGCUGCUGCUCCCAGGGGUUCAGGAGGCUCUGCCCGGUGACCCUGCAGGGGACAGGCCGUGUCCCAGCAGCAGGGAGGACAGGCUGGGUAGCAGAAGCAGUGAGCCAGCCCAGCUGAGCCUCUAUGUUCACUGCAUCCAGGGGCUGGUGCUGUCACUGCUGGCUGAGGAGCAGCUGUGCCGGGACCACCGCGCCGUGGAGGAUGUGUACCACAGCAGCCUGGCCUCCCUAAACGGCCUCGAGGUUCACCUGAGGGAGACUCUGCCCAAGGACUCCUCAGCCUCAGCCAGGACAAACUACAGCUUCACACACUAUGACUGUAUCCAGAACAUCCUCACAGCCAACUUGCCCCACACCCCCGGGCCCCUGGACCGGCACUUCCUGAGGGCAGCCACACUCAUCCACUCUGACUUCAGCCAGCUCCCCACGGCCUCAGAAGUGAUCAUCAGAAACGCCUCCACAGCUGUGUAUGCCUGCAGGAAUCCAGUCCAGGAGACCUACUUCCAACAGCUGGGAGCCCCACUCCGCAACUCAGGCAUCCCCAACCCACAUGACAGUGCCUUCAGCCUGCCCAGCAAGGCCAAGCAGAAGCUGCUGAAGCAUGGGGUGAACCUGCUGUGA